AUAUACAAACAAAACAAGCACAAAAAACGUAGGUUGAAUCAAUAAACUGGAAAUCCUUUUUAACAACACGUGUCCCUAUUUAAGCAGCCGAUUACGGAGUUAAAUCAGUCUUGAAACACUUAAGGAAUAGAGAAGAAACUGAGAAAGAUCCAACACAAUGCUGUUCAAGUACACCCUGGUAUUGCUCGUCUGCGUAAUCCUGAUUGACCCAUCAGAUGCGUGGUUAUGGGGCAAAAGAAAUAAGAAAAAGAUUAAGAUUAGGGGAAAGGAUGUGGAUAUAACGAUAACGGAAACAAGCAGAGGAAUGGCUGCAAAGCCGGAGAAGAAACUAGACUGUAAGGAUAUCGAGGGUUGCGGAAAGAUAGCGGAUGGAACUGCCGGCGCAGGAAAGCUGUGGAACUGCCGCCACAGGGAUUGCCGACGGAAUUGCCGCCAUGAAAGAUGCAGUUGCAGCUGCUGGGGUUACUUAAAAUGUCAGGCAUUUCAAAUCUACAAACACAAUGAAUAACGUCUGACAAUAAAGGAUUUUAGCUGCCUUCGAAGUUUAUGUAUAUCUUAUGAAUUAUGUGCUUUUCUCUUAACAAUAAAUUUAUUUCUCAAAGAAACAA